GCUAUAAAUUGCCGGCAUGCUUUAGGGAUCAGCAUCAGUUUCAACGUCUAGCUCGUCCAGUACAGUCGUAGUCGUACCUAUCCAUCCAACAUGAAAUUCCUUAUUGUGUUCGCUCUGUUCGCCUGCGCGGCAGCCGAUGUCAGCCACCUGGUGCCCAGCAACGAUUAUCUGCCGCCUGUGCAGCAGUCGUACUCGACUCCAUCGGUGAGCUAUACGUCCGGUGGUGGCAGCUACUCGACUGGCAGCACCUCCUACGCGGCUCCUGCUGUCAGCUACCGUCCACCCACAAACGAAUACCUGCCCCCUGUGCAGCAGCAGGUUUACACCGCUCCGGCCGUACAGCAGCAGGUUUACACCGCUCCUGCCGUGAGCUACACUGCCCCAGCUGUCCAGCAGACCUACUCUGUCCCAGCCUACCAGCAGACCUACACCGCCCCGGCUGUCCAACAGACCUACUCCGUUCCCUCUUACCAGCAGACCUACACCGCCCCGGCUGUCCAACAGACCUACUCUGUCCCCUCUUACCAGCAGACCUACACCGCCCCGGCUGUCCAGCAGACCUACACCGUCCCAGCUGUCCAGCAGACCUACGCUGCCCCCUCUUACCAGCAGACCUACACCACUGGAUCCACCGGUGGUAGCUACUCGGUUGGCGAUGUCGGCACCCAGUACGCCGCCAACGGUGGCUAUGUCUACAAGAAGAAGUAAGACGUUGCAAACUGUUCACCAAAUCGAAUUAGCAACAGUGUAAAUAGCCCAUAAUGUGCUCUUUGCACCAUCAAUUCUAUUCAUUUGUUUUUUUUUUACCAACCUGUGUGUAUAUAAUUAAUUAAAAAGAAAAAAGAAACA